CGCACACGCCUCGGGCGGUGGCAGAAUUCGGCCGCGUGUGCUUUCCCGCUCCAGCCGGCUCGGCGCUCGCUGCACUUCUGGCUGCCGGUCGAUCCACGCCAGCCCGCUACGCGCCGUCUCGUGGUUUCGCGCGCCUCUCCUUCUCCCUAGUUGUUUGUAGAGCCAGGCCACGCCCGUUUCCCGCCGCCAGGGCCUGGUUCGUUCCCGCCCCAGCCCGCCCCUUUCUGAGCUCCUGCUCCUUCUGCUGGAGGCGGAGGCUCCAUGUUGUCCCCUCAGCGAGUGGUAGCGGCAGCAUCGGGAGGAGCAGGUGAUGCUAUGGAGAGUGGAAAGCCUUGUCCAGUGCAGGUUGUUUUGGUUCAGAAAGACCAACAUGCCUUUGAGCUAGAAGAGAAAGCCUUGGCCAGCAUCCUCUUACAGGAACACAUCCGAGACCUUGAUGUGGUGGUGGUGUCAGUGGCUGGUGCCUUCCGAAAGGGCAAGUCCUUCUUUCUGGACUUUAUGCUACGAUACUUAUAUUUCCAGAAGGAAGGUGGCCGUUCAAAUUGGUUGGGUGACCGAGAAGAACCGUUAACAGGGUUUUCAUGGAGAGGGGGCUCUGACCCAGAAACCACUGGGAUCCAGAUCUGGAGUGAGGUUUUCACUGUGGAGAAGCCAGAUGGGAAGAAGGUUGCAGUUGUUCUGAUGGAUACCCAGGGGGCAUUUGACAGCCAAUCCACUGUGAAAGAUUGUGCUACCAUCUUUGCUCUAAGUACCAUGACUAGUUCUGUUCAGAUUUAUAAUUUGUCCCAGAACAUUCAGGAAGAUGAUCUUCAACAGCUACAGCUCUUCACAGAAUAUGGUCGUCUGGCGAUGGAUGAAAUUUUCCAAAAACCCUUCCAGACACUGAUGUUUCUGGUUCGAGACUGGAGUUUCCCUUAUGAAUACAACUAUGGACUACAGGGAGGAAUGUCGUUUUUGGAAAAGCGUCUACAGGUGAAAGAACAUCAACAUGAAGAAAUUCAGAAUGUCCGAAAUCACAUUCACUCGUGUUUCUCCAGCGUCACCUGUUUUCUGCUACCACAUCCAGGGCUCCAGGUUGCCACAAGCCCUGACUUCGAUGGCAAAUUGAAAGAUAUUGCCAGUGAAUUCAAAGAGCAGUUACAGACACUGAUACCAUAUGUAUUAAACCCAGCUAACUUAAUGGAAAAGGAGAUCAAUGGCUCGAAAGUCACCUGUCGGGGGCUAUUGGAAUAUUUUAAGGCAUAUAUUAAAAUUUACCAAGGAGAAGAUCUGCCUCACCCCAAAUCCAUGCUUCAGGCCACUGCUGAAGCCAACAAUUUAGCAGCUGCAGCCUCUGCCAAGGACAUUUACUAUAACAACAUGGAAGAGGUUUCUGGGGGAGACAAACCUUAUUUGUCUCCAGACAUUCUAGAGGAGAAGCACUGUGAAUUCAAAGAACUUGCUCUGGACCAUUUUAAGAAGACAAAAAAGAUGGGUGGGAAGGAUUUUAGCCUUCGUUACCAGCAGGAGCUGGAGGAGGAGAUCAAGGAACUGUAUGAGAACUUCUGCAAGCACAAUGGUAGCAAGAAUGUCUUCAGCACCUUCCGAACCCCUGCAGUGCUCUUCACAGGCAUUGUGGCUUUGUACAUAGCUUCAGGCCUCACUGGCGUUAUUGGUCUUGAGGUGGUGGCCCAGCUGUUCAACUGUAUGGUUGGCCUGCUGUUAAUAGCUCUUCUCACCUGGGGGUACAUCAGGUACUCUGGUCAGUAUCGUGAGCUGGGCGGUGCUAUCGAUUCUGGUGCAGCAUAUGUAUUGGAGCAGGCCACUUCUCACAUUGGUAAUUCCACUCAGGCUGCUGUGAGGGAUGCAGUUGUUGGGAGACCAUCCUUGGAUAAAAAAGCUCAGUAGCAUCUUAACAAGAGGAUCCAACAAGACCCCGGCCAGUCCCUUCUGAUUUCUGGGCUUCUGCCACGGCCACAGGUCCAGCUCCCAAGGAACGCAGACCUGGGACCAUCUGGAAAGAGCUGAAACACGGCACUAAUAAAUGAAUAGACCUUUCCUGUGGUUUCAAAUUCUUAAACACACUUCCAUUUCUCUUGGAAGCAUUUCUUUUCCUUGCUGGUAUAGAUCCAAGCCUAUGUCUGUCUUCUUAUUACUCUCUGCUUUGUGCACUUUAUGGGGAAAAAGCUAAAAGAAAAAAUGGAAAUGCGGUUUUGUCCUUUAUGUGCCAUUUAGUGCCUUUUAAGGUUGAAUCCAUGCUUUUGAGGACAUAAUAGGGAGGGGAUUGAGGAUAACCACAUGAAAGAUGCUGUUUUGGUGAAUUAUCAGUUCUUUUGUACCUUACUCUUUUGAAAAGGAUUUUUAAAGUUUACAAAACUUGCAAAAGCUUCAGAACUAAAGACUGACUAAAAAUGAUGCCAUUACACUUUUAAAGUCUUAUAAUAUUAGAGAAUUGUUUUUGCCACAUAGUAUGGAAAAAUUAUAUCGUAUUUAACUCUACCGUACACUGAAAUUUAAGGUGUGUUUCCUGACAGGCUGGCAGUUUUGUUAGAACAUACUCUUUUUUUUUUUUUUGCCUUCGUUCAUUCCUAUAGCUUCUUUCUAGAAAAGAGGCAAAUAUGGCUUGAGAAACCAGAGCAGCUUGUAAUAAAAGGAAUGAGCUUUCAUACUUUAAGAAAAAAGCUUGAGUUUAAAUGAACCAUGUGACCUCUGAUAAGUCAUUUGAACUUGUGCCUUGGUCAGAUUCACUGAUUGUAGGUUUAUAUACAUAUAUGUAUUAUACAUAACACACACAAUUGUCAUUUGAGAGUUUUUGUUUUUUAGAGUUCUGUAUGAGAACGGAACUUUAUCAAGGAUUAGAGGAAAGACAUUUACCAAACAUAACUGCCUUUAACUGGCAUCCUAUUUCAUGUGGUUUAGCAGUAAAUCAGGUCUUUAUCCACAAUGUUUAUUUGCAUUCUCCUAUUCACUGUCUAAGAUUUUUAAUAAUGGAGCUAAAACUGUCAGUUUUAUUGAAUCAUCCUUUAACUUUAUACAUGACUAGUCUGGUAGCUUUAAAAUAGCUUUGGCUUAGUAAGGACCAAAGUCCCACCCAAAUAUGGACAUAUAAUAUCUAGAAGUAUCUAAGAAUUCUUCAUUUACCUUGAUCAUGUGAUAAAAAACUUUAUCAGUUGCCUUUUCCUUUGGUUUUAUAAUGGUGAAUUGUUGUGGAUUUUAAAACUUCAUAAAACUUGCCUGCAGGUAUUUAUAUAAACAUUCAGGUAUGUGAGCCUUAAUUCUUAAGAUAAUUUAACUUUUGCUGUGGGAGGGAGGGAGGUAGGGAGGUUUAGGCAAAUUCUGAGGGUAAAUUCUUUAUACGUGAAGUAUGAAUGGAAGGUAGAAACAGCCUCUUCUAGCAUGUAAUCUCUGUCAAAGAAUAUUUCUCUUGACUGUUUUAACACUUUACCACUCAAGUAUUUUUACAAGUUCUGAAUUAAUUCCAAGUGUUUUAUGUAUUUUUUCAUAUUUACAUACCAUCUUGCCCUGAAGUUCUUGCUGUUUUAUUCAACUGUGGUUAAAUUCUAGAAAAAUUCCAGCUUGUCCUAAAAACUGUUUACUUGCAUAUCAGUGAUACUUAGCUUUAUUAUCAAUAAAUUAAAAGCUUAGUUUUGAAAUUUUGGUGCAUUUUCAGGUGGCCUCUCAUCUUCCUGAAGGUUGAUACUUAUUUGCUAAAGGCCUUACAGAUGUUGAGAUACUUAGCUUUUAAUGCAUUUGUGUAAGCACAUUUAUAGAUUUCAGAAAAAUUGUCUAGAAUUAUCCUACUUUUAAUGGUGAGAAAGGAUGCUGUGUUUAAAUUUUAUUUUAAUACUAAAAUAUUAGAUAUUUUAAAAUAAAAAAUAUAUGAUAAUGUAUGAUUUAAUGAAAUCUUAGAAUUUAGUUACUGUUUAAAUCCACCAUUUCUGUUUUGAUCUUAAAGGAAUAACUUUGUUUAAUUACCCUGGGGAACCCUUAUUUUUUUGUCUUUAUCAGUUAACUUAUUCUGCCUCUGGAAAUUGUUUAUAAAAUUUUCUCAGUGAGGAUUUUUAUGAGUUUCCUUUGGCCUCUUUUUUUUUUUUAACAGAAAAUUGAUGAUUUUAUAUCAGCUUUUCCAAUAAAAGGUACAUUCUCAUUGCUGGCUAUAAAUAGUCUUGGGGAGGUUUAUAACCAGGUUGAAAAGAAUGUCUUUUACCCCUUACCUUCCCUCAGCCGUUAGUUUGUGGGUCAGGGACAUUACUUAGGACUAAGUUUUUGCUUGGUGUUUGUUGCUCUGCCACUCCUGCCUUUCCAUGCAAGCAUUUUUAAUUUGCACAUUCCUAACAGUAUAUGGGGCACAUUCCUAUUAACAUAUAAAAUGUUUUCAUAAUUUUCUAUGAAAAUACUUCGUUUUAGGAGAGGUUAAAUAUUGUUAAGUUUUUUGUUUUCUUAAUACUUCCAGUUCGUUUCUAAGUAAAAAUAAUAGAAUCAAAAUUUUGAUUGUUUCACUGAGGUGUGUAGACAAAAUGAGGGAAAACUAUCAUGUAUGGUGAUAAAACAUCCUUAGAGCCAUAACCUUAUUUUAGCAGUAUACCAAGAGAUCUGUUUUCCCGCAGAGGUUUAUAUAGUAACAGCUACUUCAUACUUGGUAGAGUUGCCUGUGAGUAUUGUUUUUGUUUUACCUGGUUUUUCUUUUUUUUUUUCUCUUUCAUGAAGUAAAAUGCUUUAUGCGAACAAACAGACAAACUGCCUUGUACUGGCAGUGCGUUUCUUUAACAGGUCAUACCCAGCGUUCCACCUGGCUUAUGAAAAUGGUGUCUUGGAUAGGGUGAGUUUGGAUGAGUAUGUAUGUAUGUAUGUAUGAGUUACAGAGAAAUUAAAUAGUUGAUUUAAGUCCAGGCAAAAGCGAUUAAAAAACAGUUUUAUUUUUCCCUAGAGUAUUUUUUUUUAAAUAAUGUAAACUUACAUGGACAUCUGCAUAGAACUAUUGAAAUGUAAUUUAGGAUUAUUUAGGAUGGCUGCCAUCUAAGGUCGCAAACAUGGGCUGCAUCAUUCUGGCUUACCUUUAGAUCCAACAAAAUUUUAGUCAAGAAUAAGGGCAUGAUGAAGACAAGCUUCAGUUCCUAAAACACAAACUAUUUGUGUAGGUGGUGUUUUAAAAUGACAUUCAAAAGCCCAUUUGUAAGAGACCAUUUUGCAUUUGAAUCGUUUUCCUUCUGUUAAGUCCUAUUGUAGCUAUGUUUUGGAUAGUGGUUCUCCUCUACCUUGAAGUGCAUAAAACUUACCCCUGGGAGGCAUAUUUAAAGAAAUUCAAAUUCCCAGCUUUAUACCCAGGGAUUGCCUCAGUGUGUCUGGGUCUGGGUUGUGGCCCUGGAAUCACCACUUUUAAAAACCGCAUCACAGGUGGUUCAGAGACCACAGCGAGAGAGACUGCUUGGAGGGAUGGGAAAGUGCAAUUCAGUAUUGUCUGGAGGCAAGUGGAUGGCUUUUGCCUGAGGUUCAGAAUAGGUGGUCUACUGCCAGAUACAAUCACUGAGAGUUUACAGUGUUCAGAGUAAUAAGGAUGCCUUUAGUCUAGAGGAUUAUCUAAGCUCUGUGAAAAUGUUUUUCUAAAUUAGGAAGUCCUAGUGCCUUCUCUGAGAGAUGAACGUACAAGUAUCCUAUUUACUACCGGGUGUAAUUAGGAUUUAAAAAAAAAAACUAUUUUGAAAGUUGUGUUUCUUUUAAAAAAACAAUUCAGCACUGUGACUUUGAACCUCUAAAUCUUUUAUGCACAGAAAACCUUAAGCCUAAGUAAAAAUGAACGAAAAGGAAGGAGAAGAUCAUAACUGAAAAUUAGCCACAAAAUAGCCCUUACCAGGGACUUUCAAGAUAGAUGUAAGGGCAGAAAGAUUUUAGAAGAAAUUUUUCUUCCUGGGAAAGGCAUUUCAGGUGCCAGAACUAAGAUUUAAAUGUAGUGUUUUCAUGACCAAGGGAAGGCGGCAUUUGAUUCCCAAAGUUUCCAAUUUCAAUGAAUAAAUGCUAUCAUGGACUUAAGCCUUAAAGGAGUUAAUAUUAAUUUUGAGCAUAUAUAGAAUUUCCUCUCUGACUUCUUUUUCUUCAAAAAAAAAGAUGUUCAAAGCACUUUCUUUCUCCUAGACCCUUUCUGAAUGGCUUUAAAAUUUAAUAUACUUUUUAAAAAGUGCAAUGGAUUAGAUUAUGCUAUUAGUAUAUUAAAAGCUUGUUUCUGUUUCUUAGUUUUAAGGUCAUUUAAUGGAAUAAAGAUCACAGCACCAUGUUA